UAGUGCCGUUGGGUUUGUUACUGUCAUUGAAUUGACAACAGUUGACACUUGACGGGUUUUGUCAAUGUGAACGUGUGACAUCUCGAAAAUGGCUGACUCUGGGCCGAGUAAAAGCGAUAUUGAAGCAGUUUUUCAAAGAUUACGAGCGAUUCCUGCUAAUAAAGCAUGUUUCGACUGCAACGCCAAAAAUCCUACGUGGUCAUCUGUGACGUACGGUGUAUUCAUAUGUCUCGACUGCUCGGCGGUGCACCGAAGCUUGGGAGUCCAUCUCACCUUCGUUCGUUCGACUCAACUGGACACUAAUUGGACAUGGAAACAGCUGAGAAACAUGCAACUUGGCGGGAACAUAAAUGCUAUACAAUUCUUCCGCACCCACGGGCUGGUGACAGAGGAUGCUCGUCAGAAGUACAGUUCACGAGUGGCACAGAUGUAUCGUGACAAACUUAAUUUACUCUCUGAACAGGCUAUGAAAACACAUGGGACCAAGUUACACAUAGAAGCUACAGCACCGGAGCCCAAGGAGAAUAAGGAGGCCGAGGUAGAUUGGUUUUCACAACACGGAAAGUCGACAAGCACUAACACAAACGAGUUUGCAAAUGCCUCCCAGGCCAAUAAACAGGAGCCCCUGAGUUCAGAAGCUCGUUUAUGGGACUCUGGUCCAGCGCUGGGAUCGAACGCUGACACCCCUCGCCCGUCAACCAUCGGGAGCAGGAAACCUGCUGCCAAACGAACCGGGCUGGGCGCGCGUAAGGGUUUGGGAGCCACGAAGGUGUCAGCUAAUUUUGAAGACAUCGAACGCGAGGCUAUCAUGGCCGAGAAGCUCAAGAUGGAGACGAAGGCUUCGGAGCAGAGAGCCACGCUGGAGAACGUGGAACAGGAAGUGGCCUCGUUGCGACUGGCGUACCGGGAACCCAGCAACAAGCCCAACUCUGAGCGGCUGGGUAUAGCUGGAGCGAACAGGGCGAACACAUCCGGCGUGUCCCACUCGGCCGCGUCGGACAUGACCAUCAUCGAGCAGGAGGGGUCCGCAGCGCCACCCACGCACCUGGACGACAUCGACGACUUCACCUCCUCGUUCACCAUGAUCAGGAGCGAGCCCUUCAGCAACAGCCGCGCUCUGGACAGGAUGUUCGGUGAGGCGGACCGGCCGGAGCGCAAGUUCUCGCUGGAGAGCGCGCAGCACAUCGAGCCGGAGCCGGCGCGGCCCGUGCACUCCAUGUUCGCGGACGAGCGGCCCCCCGCGCCCGCCCCGCCCCGCCCCCGCGCCAAGAAGAACGCGCCAGAGCCCGAAGAUGACUCCGCCGUGCGCAAGUUCGGCUCGGCCAAGGCUAUCAGUUCCGCGCAGUUCUUCGGAGAGCAGGAUCGUUCGUGGGAGACGUCGGGCAGCACGGCGUCCAGGUUUGGCGGCAGCAGCAGCAUCUCGUCCGCCGAGUACUUCGGGGACUCCGCCCCGCAGCGCCCGCCCUCGUUCUCCGUGUCGGCGCCGCACCUCGACGACGUACGUACCCCCCCCCAACUCCCCCUGACGCAGUAUAGCGCUGUCCUUGUCUCGCAUGCUGCUACUUCCGCUCAAACAAUAUUUAUGAUGUCCGAUUGUGGACUGGUGGUAGGACGUCUUGUGAGUCCGCGCGGAUAGGUGCCACCACCCUGCCUACUUCUGCCGUGAAGCAGUAGUGCGUUUCGGUUUGAAGGGUGGGGCAGCCGUUGUAUUGUAAAACUGAGCCCUCAGAACUCAUAUCUCAAGGUGGGUGGCGACAUUUACGUUGUAUGUAUGUCUAUGGGCUAUGGGCUCCGGUGACCACCUAACAUCAGGGGUCGUGAGCUCAUCUGCCCAUCUAAGCAAUAUAAAAAAACACACACCACACACACUCACACACACGAGUCUAAUUGUACUGGGAGACCUGUGAAAACUAUAACAGAAAGAAAGAAAAUCGUCUGGUAUCAUUUUUCGCAUUUAAUAUUGGUCGACUGUUAUUAUAAUUACAUGAUAACAGUUGAGUUUAGUGCAAACUUACAAGACGUCCUACCACCAGUAAUAAAGUGUGUUUUUUUUUCCGCAAGAAUGUUUCGUGUCUUGAUGAUUUGAAUUCUGGAUUUGUGAUAUCGUCGCGAAGCUGCGAGCUUCGGACUCGAUUAAGUUACUCUAAGUGAUUCUACCGGCGGUCCCCCCUGGCCCCGCAGGUGCGCGAGUCGGUGCGCGCGGGCGUGACGCGCGUGGCGGGCCGCCUGUCGUCGCUGGCCAACGGCGUCGUGUCCUCCAUCCAGGAGAAGUACGGCUACUGAUACAGGCGCAGCUGUCCGGGACUCGAACCCGGGGCCUGGCGACUACCGUGUACAACUUAGACGACAAUAUAAUGCAUUAUACAUCAAUAUUUUACAGUUUUGUUUUUUGGAUCGCGCUGUCUCUCUCUCUCUCUCUCAUUUAGAGCAAAUAAAAAGGAUGGAACUAUUACCUGGUCGAGCACAUCUUUGUUAGCCGUGUUGCCAGUGUAAAAAAUAAGUUGAGUUUAGUGAUGUUAAUUUGUCACUGUUUUCGAUCGCAUAUUAUUUCGGUAUCGCAUAAUCGCCUAUGUGAUUACAGAAAACUAUGGCACUUCAAAAUCGCCAAUGUGCAUCACUAAUGAUAUUAGUAAAAAGUUUGAGUGGUAAAUUGCAAUAUGCUACGCAAAGAGACGCUAGACUAGGAAUAAAGUAUUUGCUUUUAGCCAAACCUUUUUUUUUUUAAAUUAUAAAAUGGUCUGUUUGACGAUGGCAACGACGCUGAUGAUGACCACGGCCCAUAAUGAUCCUUCGUCUCGAAAUAAAUAGAAGCUGUUGUGUUUUAAAACAUUUCUACAUAUUUUUUUAUUUCAAUUUUUUUUUGUAAUAAUAAUUAUAAAAAUCAUUCCUAAGUAUGAUAAGAAAUAAUAACAAGAUAUCUAUUUAUUGGAUUGAAUGAAGAUAUAACCUAGAAAGGGAUAGUGUAGUUUUAUGUAUUUUAUUUUAAUAGUUUGCGUUUAUAAAGUGAAGAAUAAAUAUAGUUUAUCUGUUAAAAGGGCGUUUAAAUUUGCCAGUCUAAAAAAAUAAGCAUUUAUUUUUUUAAUUUAUAAUUUUUAAUGUUUUGACUUGUAUUUUUAUUUUGGCACUGCGAUACAGCUGCGUGAAAAUAAUUUAAAAUCUAGCAACACCACGGUCACCAUCGAUAUGCAGCUGGUAACACAUGUUGAUGCUCGUGAAUAUCAUUAGAAGCCUCCAACUCCCGGGUUCUGUAUUGGUCACAUAUUGUUUUCCAAAAACAGCUUCAGCUUCUCAGAGAGCCCUACCCUUGUGGCUUUUAAUCUUAACGUGAAAACUCCUGAAGAAGUCAUUUGGCAUUACACAGUGUGUAAGAAUCGUUCUCUAAGCCAAAACGGACUACUACAAUAAAAGAAAGUAAAAAUCCAUAUUUAUUUACUGAUCUAAAUAUUACACACGUUUUUACCAUUGUACCACCUAGCAUUGGAGUUUCUUACCCCCGGAACCAUUGCUCUCUUCCACGAUGCGUUUUCCAAAGAUAUUUCAUGUCCCGUAUCAUCCGGCUCUGUAUACAGUACCUUGACCCUGUAAUUGCUGAUAUCUAUGAGCGAUGGUGACCACCCAUUAUCACAUAUCCUUAACUCACUCCUCUGUUAUUGAAAUCAAUAAAAAAGUUUUAAAAAUGUCAUCCUCGUGAACCCGCAAUGUAAUGUAAAGAUAGUUGAUGACCACCCCGCGCUCCCUCAGGCCGUUGACCUCGCACAACUUGAUGUUUAAUUGUGGUCGCAUACGUACAAAACUCGAAAAUACUGACUAACAGCAUCUUACUGGGGAAACCAAACCGAUUUGCUAAUAGCGCUGUUUUUUUUGAAGUUAUACUUUAGGCGCGUUAUGAAAAAUUAAUGAGAGUGAAAUUUAACGAUGCGCGCGCACCGUGACGUAAAAUUAACAGAAUGAAGUUGCCCACUAAAUCGCUCAUUACACCGACGUAACUUGGCGAGUCUGAAUAUAGCCGCAGGUGAACUUUCGCGCAUGUACACUCGUAAAAAAAAGUGUUAUUAGCAUUCAUUUUUUAGUAAUAUAAAUGACAAAAUUAUUAUUUAUUAUAAUUCAUACUAAAUUUUAUUAAAUUAUUAACGUUAAAUAUUUAUUAUUAAUUAUUUAAUAUUUAAAAAAAGAAAAAGAAAUAAAUUUAAUAAAAAUAAAGUAUAACUUCUUACGCGCGUACAUGCACCCUUUUUUAAUUCCAAAUUUUGUGAGCCCACAGUUGUGAACGCAAAGGUUCUUGCUGGUUAAAAAAAUGUUUGUCACUAGCUUUGAAAAUAUUGAAAUUCUUACAAAAAUGUUUUGUACGUUUUACAUUGCGGAUUCAGCUAAUAUUGUUAACAUACUAACACCUUUACGUACGGCUCUCUUACAUCGGGUUAUUAACAAAAAAAAAGCAUGAUUAAACACACGAAUAUAGCAUUGUUAAAGCUUAUUUUAUAACAGUGGCAAGUAAACUAUUUAUUUAGGUUCAAAUUCUAUCGCAUUAGUUGAGGUAAACCAUAAGACAUGAUAAUGACGAGAUAAAGCGAUUAGACUAAACAAAUUCGGUCAUACGCAGACUGCUUGUUAAGACUUGAUUUAAAUAUGUCAAAGUUUAAAUUGAAAUCGAAGUUAACCAAAAUGUGCACCCAUCAUACAUACCGAGUCAUGUAUCGUUGAAAAUUAUUCUUAUAAUUUUUUAACCGGCUACAACUUUAUUUUCAGCUUAAAAAGAUAGCUAAGCGCAAUUCAAAACGCGUGACGUCAUUUGGUGCCGAAAUAAUCCACAAGCUAACCAUAGAUUAUGCACAACCCACCUAUGACGUCAUGCAUUGUUUAAAAAAAACAAUAUUGUUUCACAGUUAAUUGUAAGAUCAAUUGUAAUUACUUAUUAGAUAUUUUUUUUAGUUUUUCUAUCUCUUAUGCGUAUGAAAAGCCCAAACAGCUGUAUUUAUAUAAGUGUUCAAAGUAAAAAACUAUAAUAUAUAAUUAAUUUGUAGAUGUUAUUGUAAGUGUAUAUAUUCCAACGCUCCGUAUGUAUCGUAAUAGAGUUUCAGUUUUCGUUACUAUUGAAGUUAUAUGAACAUAAAGGUGUAUUAUAAUAAAUAUUAUAUUUACA